AUGGGGAAGAUCCACUUUGAGGGCAGCACUGUGGCAAUUUACAGCGACCUACUAUUUGCUGUUCUGCUGGAAAAACGGCUGCUGGCUCCGAUCGCUAGUCAGUUGCGGGGUCACUCCGUGAAGUAUCGCUGGGGCGCUGAUGGCUCACUCAUAGUGACAACUGGAGAUUCCACCCUGAGCCUGACAUCCUCUGGAAAUGCAAAGAUGUUCCUACAAAAGCUUAACUUACCGGAGGAGGGGGUAGAUGCCCAAGCCAGAGGAACUGUGACAUUACGAGCCUCUAUAGGCUUCCAGAGUUUGAGGACUUACCCUGCUUUAGCCCUAAGAUGA